AUGGGGCUACACCGCGCUGGACAAGACACACGCGUGCCAUUUUUCGAGCAGGAGAUGCAAGUUCGCUUGUGGUGGUACAUCCGCGGUCUAGACUCACGCACACGUCGAGCAAUGGGUCUUCUAGCUACAGUCGACGACCUUGGCGAUGUGCGCCUUCCGAUGAACGUCAACGACGCGGAUUUGCAUCCGAACAUGACCAAGCCACCUACCGUCCAACACACCACUGCAACAGAGAUGGUCUUCUGUCUGAUGAAGUAUGACUUAUGGCAUUUUGUGCGGAAGUCAUCCCACUUCUCUGGCAGCCUCAACCCCAGGGAGAAGGCCUCGCAGCUAGCGUCUUCGACUGAUGCCGAGGCAGUGACGAAGAAGCAAUUAGUUCUCAAAGAGGUUGAGGGCAUGCUCAAGGAGAAAUACGUGAACCAUCUCGACACAAGCAUACCACUCCACCGUCUGUCGGCCGCCUUAGCAAACAUCACCACUCACACUCAGAAAUUCACGAUGUUCCAUCCACGGAAUCAGCCUGACGGCGGCAAGCACAUGUCUCAGGCCGAUCAAGACCUCGGCUUCGAAAGCAGCGUCAGGCUAUUGGAGUUGGACUAUGAGGUGCGGGACACUAGUUUCUCGACGCUCCUAAUAGACCAUAUGGCAUGUCGGACACAAGUCGAGGCUCUGGUCUACAUGGUCAGCGAGCUACGGCAGCGAACGAGUGGCUCUCUUGUGGACACAGCGUGGGGACUGCUGGCGCGGAUGCAUGAGGAGCAAUCGGAAGUCAUGCAAGGCAACCACAGGUUCUACAUCGCACUGGCGGAUCUGACACUCAAAGCUUGGGAAGCGCGCUGGCAGAUGCUGGGCCUCCACGCGGAAAGUGUGCCGACGUUUAUUGAGAUACUACAAGCCGCGAGAGGAAAUCCAGGGGCUGAGCGGUCGUCGAUGGCGGAUCCCGAGGAUCCGCACUUUGGGUACAUGGGAGACAUUAUGCACGAUGAGACUCUAGACUGGACGUACUGGAAUGAUCUGCUCCAGCUCUGA